CUAUCACCUUCUCUUCAGCUCAUCACCAUCUCUUCACCCACUCUCGACUGCUAUGGCCCCCAAGCCCGCUUCAACAGCUUCCAAGACAGACUCCAAGGCUGCGAAGAAGACUGCCAGCAAGAGCAAGGCAUCAGCGCCAGCCGACGGUGAGAAGAAGAAGCGAAAAAAAUCGAGAAAGGAGACUUACAGUUCGUACAUCUACAAGGUGUUGAAGCAGGUCCAUCCCGACACUGGUAUCUCCAACAAGGCAAUGGCCAUCCUCAACUCCUUUGUCAACGACAUCUUUGAACGGGUUGCUACCGAAGCUUCUAAGCUCGCUGCUUAUUCCAAGAAAUCAACCAUCUCUUCCCGCGAAAUCCAGACCAGCGUUCGUCUUAUUUUGCCAGGUGAACUAGCCAAGCAUGCCAUUUCUGAGGGAACCAAAUCUGUCACCAAAUUUUCUGCUGGUGGCAAGUGAACGGAUUUUGUCUGUAGCCGGAUGAUACUUUUCUUCCAUUUUUGCUUUGUAUUCUAGCCAUCUUAUUCCACCAUCCUGACGGACUAAG